AUGGCGAAAGGAGAAGGUCCGGCUAUCGGUAUCGACCUCGGUACCACAUACUCCUGCGUCGGAGUAUGGCAACACGACAGAGUGGAGAUCAUCGCCAACGAUCAGGGCAACAGGACGACCCCGUCCUAUGUUGCUUUCACUGACAGCGAGAGGUUGAUCGGCGACGCCGCUAAGAACCAGGUCGCCAUGAACCCCACCAACACCGUCUUUGAUGCAAAGAGGUUGAUUGGCAGGAGGAUCAGUGACUCCUCGGUCCAGAGCGACAUGAAGCUAUGGCCAUUCAAGGUGAUCCCAGGUGCUGCCGAGAAGCCCAUGAUUGUCGUCAAUUACAAGGGCGAGGAGAAGACCUUUGCUGCCGAAGAGAUCUCUUCCAUGGUUCUUAUUAAGAUGCGCGAGAUUGCUGAGGCUUAUCUUGGUACCACCAUCAAGAAUGCUGUCGUGACAGUUCCUGCCUAUUUCAAUGAUUCACAAAGGCAGGCUACCAAGGAUGCCGGUGUCAUUGCUGGCCUCAACGUUUUGCGUAUCAUCAACGAGCCUACUGCUGCAGCUAUAGCUUAUGGUCUCGACAAGAAGGCAACGAGUGUAGGGGAGAAGAAUGUUCUGAUCUUUGACCUUGGUGGUGGUACUUUUGAUGUUUCUUUGCUGACCAUUGAGGAGGGUAUCUUUGAAGUCAAGGCGACUGCUGGAGAUACUCACCUUGGAGGUGAGGAUUUCGACAACAGAUUGGUGAAUCACUUUGUGCAGGAGUUUAAGAGGAAGAACAAGAAGGAUAUCAGUGGGAACCCAAGGGCUCUGAGGAGGUUGAGGACUGCUUGUGAAAGAGCAAAGAGAACCCUUUCGUCCACUGCUCAGACCACCAUUGAGAUCGACUCUCUUUACGAGGGCAUUGAUUUCUAUUCCACCAUCACCCGUGCCAGAUUCGAGGAGCUAAACAUGGAUCUCUUUAGGAAGUGCAUGGAGCCAGUGGAGAAGUGUUUGAGGGAUGCGAAGAUGGACAAGAGCGCCAUUCAUGAUGUUGUGCUCGUCGGUGGAUCCACCAGGAUUCCCAAGGUGCAGCAGCUGCUUCAGGACUUUUUCAACGGGAAGGAGCUCUGCAAGAGCAUCAACCCUGAUGAGGCCGUUGCUUAUGGUGCAGCAGUCCAAGCUGCCAUCUUGAGCGGUGAAGGUAAUGAAAAGGUGCAGGAUCUUCUUCUGUUGGAUGUUACCCCUCUGUCUCUUGGGCUUGAGACUGCUGGCGGAGUGAUGACUGUUUUGAUUCCGAGGAACACGACCAUCCCCACCAAGAAGGAGCAGGUCUUCUCAACUUACUCCGACAAUCAACCUGGUGUGUUGAUCCAAGUCUAUGAGGGUGAGAGAGCCAGAACCAGAGACAACAACUUGCUCGGCAAAUUCGAGUUGUCUGGCAUCCCCCCUGCCCCAAGAGGAGUACCACAGAUCACUGUCUGCUUUGACAUUGACGCGAAUGGUAUCCUCAAUGUCUCGGCCGAGGACAAGACCACGGGUCAGAAGAACAAGAUCACCAUCACCAACGACAAGGGGAGGUUGUCCAAGGACGAAAUUGAGAAGAUGGUCCAGGAGGCAGAGAAGUACAAGUCUGAAGACGAAGAGCAUAAGAAGAAGGUGGAGGCCAAGAAUGCCUUGGAGAACUAUGCUUACAACAUGAGGAACACCGUGAAGGACGAGAAGAUUGCCUCCAAGCUUGAUGCUGCCGACAAGAGCAAGAUCGAGGAUGCCAUCGACAAGGCCAUCGAGUGGCUGGACAACAACCAGCUAGCAGAGGCUGACGAGUUCGAGGACAAGAUGAAGGAGCUUGAAGGCAUCUGCAAUCCGAUCAUUGCGAAGAUGUACUCUGCAGGUGGCGGUGCUGGCAUGCCUGGUGGUGCCAUGGACGAGGAUGAUGAUGUUCCACCUUCCGGUGGCAGUGGAGCUGGCCCCAAGAUCGAGGAAGUUGACUAA